AUGGUUUUCAGAAGCAGACAUAAUUUUUGCAGAGAAGUGAAAACAUGUAAGAUCCAUGAUCUCUUACAUGAGUUGUGCUUGAGAGAAGCUCAAAGUGAAAACUUCAUGUUUGUAUCACCACAUUCCAGACAGGUCUGUCCAAAGGAAUGCUAUCGGACGAUUGUCCAAUCAAUUUGUGAUUUUGAUGGGACAAUCUCUUAUCCCUUUGAUCCAAAGAAAAUUCGGACUUUCAUCUAUUCUGGUGAAAUGUUGGUCAAAGAUUUGAACAUAGAUAGGUUAUUUGGCUUCAGAAUUCUCAGUUUGAUGAGAGUAAUGUCCUUAGGUAACUUAAGUUAUCAUCUUGGUAAUUAUCCAAUUAGACCAUCCUAUUUUGUGCAUUUAAGAUAUCUAUCCUUAGAAAUUAGAAAUAGGCCUGCAUUUCCCCAUAUUCCCAAACUUCAUAAUCUGCAGAGUUUGAUUGUUCAUAUGGGCUCUUCUCGCUAUGACUAUUCGUUUAUAUCUUUGGAUAUUUCAAUGUUGCCACAAUUAAGGAGCCUUCACUUUGUGAAAAAAAGAGGUCCUUCAUUUCCCCUGAUUAUGCUAUCCGUUCAAAUGAAACAUACAGUUCUGGAGCAUCUACAUACUGUAACUGGAGUUCCUUCUAAAUUGUGUACAAAUGAAAUCUUUGCAAAUAUGCCUAACUUGAAGAAGCUGGGGAUUCAGUAUGAUGAAGAACAUGGAAUCAAAAGUCCAUCGUCUGAUCUUUCCUGUUUGCUUGUAGCUCAGGGCCUUGAGAAAAAUAUUUUUCCACCAACCCUCAAGAAGUUGACAUUAGUCAGACCACAUUUUCCAUGGGAAGCUACGGACAUUGUUGGUACAAUAUUGCCUUACCUUGAGGCACUCAAACUGAAAAACUAUGCAUGUGCUGGUGAUGAGUGGAAACCUGUUGCUGGAGGGUUCUCUCUCUUAAAGUUCUUGUCACUUGAAUGCAUAAGAUUCACCAAGUGGAUAGCUACCGAUGAAAACUUCCCUGUCCUUGAGCGCCUAUCCAUAGCCAUGGACGCUGACGAUCAGAUAGUGAUGAGGAGCUCAAUGAGGAUCAAGCUUCAGAACUUAUGGAGUUGGAACAUUAAACUUGUAUCAAAGAUUUGA